UGUGCCCAUAGUGUAAAAACCGAAUAGGGUGAACGUUUACAUAUUUAUAAAUAAUUGGUGGCCUUGUUUACUUAAAAAUGUAUGCGGAUUACUGCAUUCUCAAUAAUAUAAAGUAAAAUCGCUAUACUGCCUAAUCCUCAAUCGAGUAUUGUGGAAUAUCCCAUUUUAGGAGUUUCGCUGCAUCUAGUAAAAAGCUGGCAACUCCUGCCGCGUCAAGCAGUCAGUUGUAAAAGGUGGGAAAGUUUUGUCUUUAUUUUAUUCAAACCAUUCAAACUAACCUCAAAUUUUAUGUAUAUUUGAUUUUCGUCGUGUCGUUUUUAAUUUUGGCUGAACCCACAUUUUGAAAAAUGGAAGAUAAAGAGCUGGAAGAAUCAAUAAAAUGUCUCAAAGGUAUAACACAUGGCUGCAUGACAGCUUACAAAUCGUAGGUUUAAAAAAUACACUUUUUUUUCUUCAUAGAAGGAAAUUUGUUCGAGGAAAACAUGUCUCCCCGAGAAAUAAGGCAAGCAUAUCGUGCUAUAAGGUUGUCAAAAAUAUCAAGUGAAGAGGAUAAACACAAGAAACAGACUGCCGAAAGUGACCCUUUUAAUUUUGAGGAUGAUGAUACUAGGGAUGCUGCAGAAGAGGAUAUACAAUCACUAACAGAAGAGUUGUGUGACCCCUCUACCAUAAGUGUUCCAAACAAGGAAAUACUCCAAGCUUCUGAAAAAAAUAAUAAUCGGGACAAUAAAUUGAAUGGACUGGAGAAGCCAAAGUUACUAGACGCGACUAAAAUUAAAUUUGGAUAUCUUGAUAUGCCACCUAUGUCAAACUGUGAGAUUUGGCCAAUACAUAUUCGGCCUAAUUUCGUUGCCAUACAACAUACAGAUGCAUUUUGUAAUGCUGAUGUUGAAACUAAAGCUAAAAUGUUGUCUAGGCAUUGGUCAACACUAAACAAGGUGAAGCAGACUCUAACACCACAUAAAAAGACAGAUAGAUCUAAUUUUAGAACCAUGGUGAUAACUGAUUUAGAUGAGGGCGCUGAUGACAAUACAAAAGGGACCUACAUAAGUCGAUCAGGCCGACUCACCAAAAGAAAAUGCUAUGCAGAUUGUGAUGAGGAUAGCAACGAAUCUACCAUUCCAACAGAGAGAUCAAAAAUCAAUGAUCGACCAUUCCACACCCUAAACAAUAAUAACAACAAUGAUACAGAAAGCAAAGUUAAAUCGGCCAUUAAAAAGAGUAAGCCGACUCCGACUAAGGAUGUUGAGGAUAACAAAAAUAGUGGAACCACUAUCAGAAAUUUUGAUUAUACUCGAGUUUUGACUCCACUUGAAGAUAAUAAGUUGGAGGAUGAAUUUGUAGAUCUGGAAGAUAGAAAUCCUUUAGAGAAAGCAGUACAAAAUGAGGCCGCAAAAACAAAUGCCACAUUGCGACCAAAAAAGUUGACUAACGACGAGAUCAUGAAGCGCAGCAGCUUAUUUGGAGGUCGUACAUUCAGAAAGAAGAGAUCUGAUGAGAUAUUUGACAAGUUGAUGGAGGAUCAAGAGAUAAAAAAAAGAGAAGAGAAAAUGAUAGAGAAGUUUGAAAAGUCGAUUGAUUCUCCAAUAAUUGAAGAUGAUGAAUCUGUGGAAAACGUACCCGUUGAAGAAGUCAAAGUUGUAUAUCCAAGGCGGGUCAUUCCAUCUAUACCACGAAGAGGAAUUGGUAGUAGAGCAAGUAAAACUGUAGCUGCAGUCUCUACCUCGGGACAACCAAUGGAUAAUACCACUAGCCAAGAUCCAGAAGUGGGUUCUAGCCCAAGGACGGUAACGAGAAGGACUCCUGCAAUAAGAGACGAAGAUAAAAUUGAAGUAGUGCCUUCAACUAGCACUUCAGAUAGUUCUGAUUUCACAGAUUGUCCUAUCUGCUUGAAGUCAUUUCAUGUUGAUUCGAUCGAGACGCACGCGUCAACAUGCGGCGAUGACGAUGUCGCAUCUGCUCCAUCAAGACAACAAAACAAAAGGGUGCAGUGUGAAAUGUGUGGAGCUCGGUUUCCGAUAGGUGAUAGGUACACCAUCCACGUCACAGAGUGUCUACGUUACAGAGAGGAACAAGAUCAGUUAUUACAUAGAUAUAAAGUUAUGAAAAAGAUGUAGGCGAUUUGUUAUUAUUAGGAAUUGGUAUAUACAGUGUGUUAAAAAAGACCAGGUACAGCAAAAAAUCUCGAAAACCGUGAAUUUGAAAGAAAUUAUACCUAAGCGCAGGAGUAGAAUUUCCCUCCUGACAAUGACCUUGACCUUCAGGGAAAUUUAACGGUCAAGUACAUCUUUCUGAAGGACACCCUAGUUUUUGGCACCAGAAAUGGAUAAAGUGGAAAGUUUUAAGUUCGGAUGAGUCAUUCACCUUUCUUGGUCAUAGCCAAAGUUUAUCUAAUUGAUAAAAUAAUGUAAUUCUUUUAGAAAUUCUGCAUUAAGUACAGGCUUAAGAUUUAGUCUGGCUAUAUAUGGUACUGACCUUGAAUUAUACCUUCACAAUCAAGAUAAUUUCCAAGGUCAAGUAGAUUUUUUUAAAUGGGAUUCUAUAUUUUUGGCACCAGAAAAUUUUACGCUCAAACCAAGUUCAUUUCCAAGCUUUAAUCUUUAAUCAAUAAAAUAGUCUCGAAAUUCUACCCAAGCAUAUUCUUAGGAUUUAGAAAUAUUCGACCGCGACGGUUAAUUUGACCUCCAAAGUCAAGUCCAUUUUUUCAAGAGAAAAUUUCUUUUAGACUUAUGGUUUUCGAGAAUAUUUGCCGUAUGUAGGACGUUUUGAAGUAUAGUAUGCUACCGGCUGGAUUAUCCGGAGCUUUUUAAUUCCAGAGUCUACAGUCAUGUUUAUUGAAUGCCACUUUUUGCAGGCAUAUAGUGGUAACUAUUAAAAAUCUUUACCCAUACACCAACAUUCUGGUCCGACACAUGCAAAAUGAAAUGCUUCGCAUGUAACCACAUGACAUCGCCCACUCUCCCACAUGACAUAAACAUCACGUGAUAUCACGUCGAGCAUGCUUUCACGUAUGAGAGGUAUACUUUCACACCUUCACGGUGAAUUUACUUAUUUAUUUUUGCUAUUAUUUACUAACAGGAGCACAGAAUAUGCACCUGCUGCGGCACAAAUUCGAUCAAUGCAAAGGCGUUUUUGAAGUAAUGCAUCUAAUGAAUAUAGCCGGUUUCUUGUAAAAUAUAUCCUUUUGUUCAAAAUUAUCUGUGUCAAGUAAGUAGUGAGACUGUUGUUUUUAAUAAAAUGCUGAUAUUCUGGUCGAAUUUGCGACUAUAUCGCAAAUUCUUUUUGGUUGACCGAAUUUGCAUCGAAAAUAGGUUUUUUUAGCUAUACCAAGUGAUAUAUGAAGUAUUUCUUGAUUUAAUACGGGAAUUAGGGGCCCAUCUUACACAAAUCGCAUAAUUUUUCUCCAAUUUAUUACAAUACCACUAAAUUCAUUAGAUCCAUUACUUAUGAUGAUCGGUCAAAUUUGCGCCAUGGGUAGUACAAUCUGGCAUUAGUCUUUCAAAGCAUGUCGAAUUUUUCAAUUUUUGUUCUGACUAUUUCAAGCGGUCACAUAAGCCAAGCAUGUUUUGUCGCCUAUUUUGCUACAGAAAACAGUAGACCACACAUUUGAUAAAGAUAUCCAAAAUGUAAAUUGACGGAAUGUCUAAGGCAUAAUUGUCAUACACACACAUAUACACGCCAGAAUGACACGAGCGCGUGAGGUGACGGUAUAUUAGCAUUGAUUAGCGUAUCCUUCGUGAGAAUGUUCCGGCGUCCAAAAAUGGAUCUCAGAUACUAGUGUCGGAGUAACUAAUACUAGUAACAGAACACAAACCUGAAUUUAAAAGUCUGCUUUAAAAAGAGUUAGUGUUUGGUUCUGCUAGUGUCUCAUAUAUGGAGCUAGGAUCAUUCAUGCUGUUUUGGCCUCUCUAAUGCCUAUUUCGAUUGGGUAUCUUCAGGUAGAAACAGUUAAUGUUUGGAUUUGGAAUUAAAAUAAGCAUUAGAGAGGCCAAAAAGGCAUUGGAGACCCUAGCGCCAUCUAUGAAAUAGUAGCAGAACCAAACACUCUGACUAUUUUAAGAGUAGUUUUCUAGAUUCAUUUUUGUGUUCUGGUUCUGCCUCAUAGAUGGCGCCAGCAUCUUUUAGAUCCUUUUUGGACGCCAAAAUACAUGAUAUGGUUGAAGUUAUUAGGUAGAAUUCCUUAAUUAACGGUAUUAGUAUUGAUACUUAUGUGCAUGAAAUUACUUGUUAAUUUGAUUUGGGGUCUAAAGAAAUAGUUUCCUGUUAAUUUUGCCGACUUUUCGGAAAAAAUUGUGUUGUUUCUUCAUGGCUCUACAAAAUAAUAAAAAUCACGUUGAUUGAAAACUCCAACAAUUCUUGUUCGCCUUCUUAGGUGAACAGUUAUUUCUUUCAGUUAAAAACACAUAUAACAUGAAUAAUUUUUUUAGCUUUUUUUUUAAACAAUGAUUCGCAACAUUCACACACACACUUUAUCUUUGCAUUGUGUAUACAGUGCUUGUCAACCCCCCCCCCCUUAUUUUUUGAAUGGGUCAAACGAGCUGAAAUCCGCAUAAUUAAAUUGAUGCAUAAAUGCAAAAUUUGGCAUAAAAGAGACAGGUAGACGACAUCUUGAAACAUCUUUUAAUUAAAACUGUCACGUUACUCUUCGUUUUGAAGCUUCUUACAAGUACUUUAUAGCCCUUGGAUAUGAAGUCACUAUGUUGAAGAUGAGAUUUUGACUAUAUAUUUCAACCUAGAUAUUAUAGCUGAAAAUUCUAAGCUUAGCGUCAUCUUCUAACACUUUCCAACGGAAUGGGGGUCAUGUGAAACCUUAUCUUGAAGCUUCAAAUUAGUAUUUUAUAAUCCUGGAAUAUAAAACCACUAUAUAAUCAAAAUGGCUGUCAAAAUUGAGCGUUUUUACAUUGAAUCACUUAUAACUUAACAACUCAUCAUCACAACGUUAUAGCAUGUUACACCAACAUUCUUUUCGUCUAUCGGAGUGUGCACUAAAAUGUGGAACAUCCCGUUAAAAAGAAAUAUUCCAUAUUUUAUUACAUAUUGGGAUUGAACUUUACAAGAUUUAUGUAACACACAGUACCAUUUUCAUUAUUGGUUUAAAUAUGAUACAUAAUGUGCAAGAACGUUCAAUUUUGACAUUCUACCAUUUUGAGAUAUAGUGAUUUUCUAUUCUAGAAUCAUGAAGUACUCCUAAGGAGCUUCAAAAUAAGGUAUGACAUCACUCCCCAUUCCAUUUGAAAAAGUGUUACAAGAUGGCGUCCAACCACUAUUUUGAAAUUUUCAGUUGUUAUUUUUACGUUAAAAUAGGGUAUUUAUCCAACAAUUUCCUCGCCCCCAAUUUCAAAUUUCAACAAAAAUAAUGAUAAUGACGUUUUUGAAAAGCACUGUAAGUUGGGAAUCAACAAAAAAUUGUAAAAUGUGUUUUAUUUAUUUUUAUGCGUUUAUAAUGAAAUAAGUAACUUUUACAUCGAUUUAGUGCUUUUAAUUUCUGUGUACAUGACUGAAAAAGGAUGUAAAUUCUCCUGAAACGUCGGUUAAACCUUAAAUCCAAUUACACGUAAUUUCAAAGGGUGAAGUGACAAUAAUGUGCUUGGAGAAUGAAGGCUUUCACGGGCUAGUUCAAUUCUCAUUAAGGUUUUUCGAGCUGUUGAGCCGGGGUCGGGAUGGAUUUUCUCCAGAGCUUUCAGCUACAUCGGCAGUAGCCAUCUUCAAUGGCACUGUCGUCGAGAGCGAAGCACUCGACUUGGCGGGUCGCCUUAAGCUAUCGGUCAACUGGAUAGGUGCACGGUUUUAUAGGCGAUCGGCGGACCGAGGACUAAGUUGUCUGGUGGGGGUACUUUGGGUCCCCUGAGCGACGCGGUUUUGGUGCUGUUUUUUAGUAUUGGGAACCACGUUCUGUUUAAAGCAAGGCCUUCUUCUUUUCUAUUGAAAUUAUCCUCGUGUUUGUAGAUUUCAAUUGCUUCUCUGUACAUUAGGGCUGAGUACUGGGUGCAUGUUGAUAAGUCUUCAGUUUGGUCUAACAGAACAUUUUGACCAUCUUGGAGUGCCCGACUCCGGCUUAACAGCCCGAAAAACCUGAAUGAAAUAAUGUGCUUUAUCCUGUUUUUGCGCGGUAAUUACACUUUUGUUGUGCAUGACGGGUUACGUCUGUGUUCCGUGGUUGAAACACGUACGGAUCUGGACAGCGGUACCUGAUAGGAAAGACAUGGUUUAUAUCCUGCUGCAUAUGGCGACUGGAAUUGCUAACCACGUGAUAGUAUGGUUUUAGACAAUAUAUGUUUCCACGAGGACAUUUCUAUCAAAUAGUCUUUGAUGGCAUGUGGGCUCCAUUAAAUUGAAUGUUAAAUAAUGUAUACAUAUAUUUUGUUUAUCAGAAGUAUUUUUUAGUGUGUAAAUACGUACGUUUAAAUUAAAAUAUCCUAAUACAUCAUAAGUUACUUGUAUAAAUUGUUUAUAUUAAAAUAUUGUUCUGCUAUUAAAAAAAA